AUGACGUAUAAAAAGUUCAUUUUUUUACCUAAUGAUGGUGAUUUACCAGACAAAAUCGAAAUAUUUAAAUUCCCAGUCCCAUCAAACAAUACAAGUAAGUUACAGUUAAGUUUAUUUUUACAUAACGAGCGAUUGUAUCAAAUUCAGGAUUAUUCAUUUAGUAAAAGUUGUAAAUAUAAAGAAAUUGAGAAUUUGGCCUCUGAGAAAUAUCAUUACAAUGAUAAUGGUGAGCCUAUCAAAUCAGCAUUUUUGAUAAAUGAAGCAGAUAGGUCUGAUGGAGAGAUUAUUUCUAGUAGUGUGUUUCAAAUCAGCACAUUAUAUGAUUUGGCAUUUAGCUUAAUUUCUGUCUUUUACAAAGAGAGUAUUUCAAAUACCGAGGAAGAAUAUGUUACAAGGAGUUUUCCUGAUUCUAAAAAAUUGUCUAAAAAGAUGGACAAUAGGUUUUUAACUGUUAGAGAUAUACAUGACUCCUUAGUGGAUACACACGACACGAAUUGGAGUUUGAUUCCGAUGAUUUUGUUAGAAGAUGCGCUUAAUAGAGUUGCUCAAUGUACUGAAGAAGGUGGUGAUAGAUACUAUAAGGUUACUGGAGAAACAAUAACGGAGUUUUUAUUAGAUAAAGUGGAGAAAAUCGUAGAUAAUUUUCCACAAAGUUUACCUUUAUCGUUGGAAUAUCCAGAAGAUAUUCAAAAUUGUCUUAAAUAUAUUAUGGCUUGUAAUUUGUUAAUAUCUUUGAUACCGUUUGAUGCAUAUAAGAUUUUACUUAAAUCACCCAAGAUAGAAGGAUUUGUUCAAAAGUAUAAUGAGUUUAAGAAAAAUAGUAUUCAAGUAUCAAUUGAUCGUGCUGCACUAACAGAAAGUGCUAUAAAUGUUGGGAUACAAAAGAGCAGUGAUAUAAUUAAGAAAAAAUCGGUUAAAGUAGUUAAGAAGAAUACACUCGUUAACAAGAAAAAAGUUAGUGUUGGUAAAGGCGCGAUUGAUGGGUUUUUUAAAUUACAAAAGAAAGCAGAUAGCUAG